AGCCAUUAACUAUCUCUAGCAAAUUUAUAACAGAAAGCCAGUCCCCACCUCCACACCAUUCACAUCCUACAUCCCCUCCUGAUCAUUCACUUGCAUACACACACACACACACACACAGACACACACACUCACUCACUCACUCACUCACUCACUCACGCACGCACGCACUCCCUCACACAACACACACGCACUCACAUAAACACACAUCCCACGCUCACUGCCAGACUUUAAGCAGACCUUUAACUAUAAGAAUAUAUACACACAGCCUGCUAAUGCUCAUCAGACAGCCUGCCUGAGAAAGAAAGACCUUCAUUUUGGGUUUAAUUUUAUUGCAAAACAUCAGAAUAGAUAGAGCAGCAACAGCUAUUUCAUUCAAGAUUUCUGGAGCAUUAGAAUAAAAAAAAUAAUAAUCUAAAGACAAAAAACGGAAAUUACUGGAUCACCUUUGAUUCUUUCUUCUUUCUUUUUUUGUUGUUGUUGUUGUUGCUUGGAACUACAUUUUAAACUUUUUCAUCUUUGGUUGUUUUUGCGAUGCCCACAGACGAACUGAGUUUUGCAUUGAUUGGACUGUCUGCAAGCUCUUAAGAAGACAAGAUCAUUCAAGGUUAACUUUUUUCUUUUUUUUUUUUUAACUAUUUAUUUUGUGCCAAGUUAUCUUCUGCCAGCAUGGAUCUCCACAGUUACAGAGGAUUCUCUGAUGUACCCUGACAAACAGCACAAGCGUGACUAAGACAGUCGUCAGAAGAUCAGCAGCUGACUAAAGAUGGAACCAGACCUGGCAGAGCUGCAGCCAGUGCAGGUUCUGUCAAUUGACCAGAUCCGCUCCAUCAGGGUCAACAAUGACUAUGUGGACAGACCGUUCACUUCUACAACCCAUUCCAAUCCAACCAUUUCACAACAGCAGCAGUCACAAAAAAUUGACUGGACACAGGAGAGACCAUUCAGCAAUGAUCUCCACAGGAGUCAAAGCCAUCAACACCAUCAUCAUGUCAGCCAUCAGUCACAUCUCAGUCGUUCCAGCACUAUUAGCUCUGUGUCUCGAAGUAGCACAGCAUCUGACCAAAGACUGUUAACUGGUCUGACACCCUCCCAUUCAGGCCAGGCCUUUAUAAGAGCUCAGCCCAAAGGUGAACUCAAGCCAGAGGACCUUGUAAAGGGUGUGGUGACCAGUCCAAAUCUUAGUCAACAUCAACUGAUCUGUGAGCACUGUGGGAAAUGCAAAUGUGAGGAAUGUUGUGCCCCAAGAACACUUCCUUCCUGCUGGGUUUGUGACCAGAGGUGUCUCUGCUCCCUAGAAAGCAUAGUGGAAUAUGGAACUUGUCUGUGCUGUGUGAAAGGCAUCUUCUACCAUUGUUCCAGUGAUGAUGAGGAUAACUGUGCUGACCAGCCAUGCUCAUGUAGCCAGGGCCAUGCCUGUUCCCGCUGGGCAGCAAUGAGCGUUCUGUCAAUCUUUCUUCCAUGCCUCUGCUGCUACCUGCCAGCUAAAGGCUGCCUAACCAUCUGCCAGAGAAGCUACGACCGUAUGCAGAGGCCAGGGUGCCGGUGCAGCAAUACCAACACAGUUUGCCGAAAGAUCUCCUCCACCUCCACACCAACUCCUUUCCCGAAAAAUCUUGAGAAGCCAGUAUGACCUCUGUCUUUGAUGCUAUUCAAAGCAGCACCAUCCUGGAAUAUAAGUGUAAUGCAACUGAAAAAAGAGAUAUGCAAGUCAAUCAUGAACAAUUAUCAGAUUAACAGUUAUAUAAAGUGUAUGCAUAGGCUUCUAAUUUUUUGGUGUGGGUGUAAGAGUAUUUUGCACAAUAUAUCUAAGUGGAAUAAAACAAAGCAAAUAUUUUCUUA